UCUGGCCAAACGUCACAAAAUCUCCUCAUCUGUGCUCCUCGCCUCCAUUUUGGAAAAUUGGCUUUUGCCAAUUUUAUUUUUGGCUUUUCCGACUCAAAUAGACCACCCCUAGCUGCGUCGGUUGGGUAGCGCUGCGCCCCCAACUCUCAUCUCUCAUUUAGUGUACACGUGAAGUUCCUUAGUGCUCCGCAUAGAAGGAUAUUUGGGUUCAAUUUGAACAUAAUUUCUUCUGUCUUGUGGUGGAAAAAUCAUGGCUUUCUAAAAUGUCUCCAAUCAAAGUAACUGGUUUAACUCCGUGUGGAGGAAUUUUCCACUUCGUCUGGGUGAAUUGCGAGGGGGUGUUUCUGAGGGAUGGAGAAGAAGGCAAAUAUUCGUGUGACGCAUCUGGUCCCCAAGGGGCCAGCGUCUGAGUGCAAGAAGCAAGACGCAAGCAGCAAGCAGUGGCCGAGGAAUUCACGGCGACGUGAGCCCAAUGGUUACGCAGGAUCGAAGGAUCCGACACGCGCAAGAGUCCCGAAUGGGCAUCAGCAGAGAAUUGACAAGAAGCCACCCCGUGGGCGAGGCAGCCAAGCAUCGAGUGAGCCGCAAGGCACUGGCAAGGGUGGCGACCUGGCGUCAUCUGGAUCCGGCGCCGGACUAGCAGGGGAGGAGGAGGACCCCGUGGCCCAAUAUGAGUUGAAUUCAGUCUUCUUGCCCGGCAGCAAGAAGCAAAACCUCAAUCACCUGCUGAACUUCCACUACGCGCCGCGCAAGGUGAACUCCUUCACGAUAGUGCGCGAGUUCAAGGGCAAGUCUUGGGGCGGAAAGCGGAUGCACUUCAGUAAGGAGCAAUUUCUUCAGGCCAAUUGCCAGUUUGUGGUGAAGUCUUCUGGAGAGUAUGGAGUGCAUCGCGGAUGCCCGGACACGUUGGUGAAGUGGGAUCAGAUUGAGCAGAUUAUAAUCCACAGCAAUGAGGACGCGCAGUGCCCCAUUUGCCUGUACGCGCCAGUGGCUGGGAAAAUGACACGCUGCGGCCACGUUUACUGUUGGGCUUGCAUUCUCCACUAUCUUGCCCUGUCCGACAAAUCCUGGCGCAAGUGUCCCAUCUGCUACGAGCCUGUCUACGUGGCGGACCUGAAGAGCGCUGUAGCCAACUAUCAUCACGAAUUCAAGACGGAGGAAGUCGUCACGCUGAAGCUGAUGAAGCGCAAGAAGGGAUCCCUCAAUGUGGUGGAAGCCUCGAAGGACUGCUUGGAUUCCGAUCCACUCCCGCAUUUAUUCGAGUCCAGAGAUGCAAUCGUGCACUCGAAGCUGAUUGUGGCAGACAUUGAGGAGGUGCUCUCGAUUGUGGAUCAUGAGCAGCGCGAAUUACUUCAGCAAAUGGAAAUUGAUGGACCCGAUGGACUCAAUUGUCCUGAGACGAUGUUCAUUCAGCAGGCUCUGGACCUGCUGUCAGAACGCAAAGCAGUCCUCAAUCAGCUGCAGGACGCAAAGGAGGAAAGCGAGUCCUCGUCACAAGCUGAAGAUGCCGAAGCGAUUGCCAACGACUCUUCAGACUACUUCUACUUCUAUCAGGCGAUCGACGGCCAGAACCUCUAUUUGCACACCAUCAACAAUCGCAUGAUCCAGGCGCAGUUUGGGGAGCUUCACAAAGGCCCCGAGACACUCAGUGGCCGCAUUGUGCAGAAGGACAGCUUCACAAUGGAAGAGACUCUGCGAAAGCGGCUAAAGUAUCUGCAGCAUCUGCCCAUGACUUGUCAAUUCGAUGUGGUGGAAAUUGUCUUUGACACACCCAUCGUCUCGCCGGAGAUCAUGAAGACCUUCGAUGAAGAACUUAAGUCGCGCGCUAAGAAUCGCAAAGUGCGCGCCCGGGAGGAGAAAAUCCGAGAGAUAAAGAUCAAUGAGGUGUACGAUCGGCAGAUGGGAAAGUUGCUGAGUCAGCCAGUGGACAUUAAUAUUGAAUCCCCGAAGGAUUUCCCUCUCUAUGGAGGUUUGACCGAGAGGCCGCUGGAGAUGAACGAGAGUCCUGUUGAGAACAAGCAAGGACCGUCAUUUGCAAAGAUGCUCUCUAGUCCAUCUGAGGGGGCAUUCUGGCCAAGUCUGAUGGAUAAGAAGGCUUCUGUAGUCGUGGAGUCGCCCUGGAGUAAAAGCCCAUCGACUGGAGAUGUUGAUGGCGAGACGAGUGUUCCGGACUUCCGACGCGCCUUCAGCAGCGACAUGGCAGUGGCAAUGGAGAAGGCGGAAGCCUCUAGGAAGGAGUGUGAGAGCAAGAAGGCGUCUCACGGGAAGGGAAAGAAAAAGCAGCAAAUGGUGCUUUUCUCAACCGACAUGAACUUCAAGAGGAAUUAGUUGUACUUCUUUAUCUUAUCGCAAAAUUACCCAAUGUAUGAAAUAUCCAGUCCUGAAGUAUCUUUAUUUCGCAAAACCUCUCUCACGGGAUAAGGUACAGUAGAUGCGUUCUUAUUCAAUGUGUGUGUAAUGGAUUAAAGGGCAUUAAAGACCAUAAAAAAAGUUAA